ACCAACAAAGCUCACGUUCAAAACACCCAAAAACCCUCGCCCCUUUUUCCCCUCGCCCAAAACAGCAAAACUCAUCUCCCUCCGGGCAACAAUCGACGCAUCCCUUUCAUAGCCUCAACACCGAUCAUCCUUCUCGUUUCCGGCGACGCAGCCGCACAGUCCUUGACUCCGGCAACGACGGUCUCCAUUCUCAUAUCCGCCCCUCCCUCUUCAUCGCGGCCCUUUCCUGUCGUCCCACUGGUGAAACGAGGCCUUCGAUCUCAGUUAGGUUUCUCGUCUCUGGCAACGACGCCUUACCCUCUCUUUUUCUCGAUCUCAGGAAUAGGAAGUAAAAUGAAGUACGGAUUAAACCUAAGAGUACAGUCCUCCCAACAAAAGAAGCAACCUACCAGACCUCCUCGCCCUCCAGCACCUGGUUUUGGUGAAGAUGAUGAAGAUGACAUAGAGAGAGAAAUUUCUAGACAAGCCAGCAAAAACAAGGCUCUCAAAGACGUAGAGGAGCAACAUAAGAAAGCCCUAGAGGAAGAUCCAUCAGUGUUUGAUUAUGAUGGUGUAUACGAUGAAAUGAAAGAGAAAGCAGUUCGCCCCAUUGCACAAGAUCGACAGGAGAGAAAACCAAGGUAUAUACAAACAUUGAUAGACAAAGCAAAAGUGCGUGAGAGAGAACAUGAGAUAAUAUAUGAGAGAAAGCUUGCUAAAGAGAGGACCAAAGAAGACCAUCUUUUUGCAGAUAAGGACAAAUUUGUCACUGGAGCCUACAAAAGGAAACUUGCAGAGCAAGCAAAAUGGUUGGAGGAAGAACGUUUGCGUCAACUACGUGAGGAAAAAGAAGAUAUCACUAAAAAGGGUGGUGAUAUGAGUGAGUUCUACUUCAAUUUAUCAAAAAAUGUUGCUUUUGGAGCAGAAGGUAGUGAAGCAAGGAAGCCUGAGAAGCAGAAGGCGGAAUCAAAGAUUCCGAUGGAAUCAGCGAAUCCAAAAGAAGAAAAUCGGGGUGAAAGUGAAACAUCUGUGGGGUCCAAGGAAAGAUCUGAAUCCAUUGAAGCGAAAAAACCUGUUGUUGAUACACAGAAUAAACAAGAAGUCUCUAAUGAUUCCCUGAAGGAAGAAUCUGGAAAGGAUGACAUGGCAAGCCAACCUGCUACAGCGGAUCAUCAUAAAAGAAACCAGGAUGCUUUGGCUGCUGCAAAAGAGCGGUUUCUUGCACGAAAGAAGACUAAAGUAAAUGUAGAUUAAAUGAUAUGUAUGUUUUACAGAUGUGAUUUUCUAAAUGUUAUAAAGAUUUGAGAUUUAGAUUGUUCAUCUUUAUAAAUUUUUUGCUUGGUUACAUAA